AAAUGCCAUGACAGGUCCGGUACCAAAAACAGGCAAAAUACAUACAGCAGCGGGUAUUCGCUAGUGGUCACCCACCUAACUACUAAUCCACCGGUACGUUGCUUAAAUAGGGCUGAGCGAACGGGAAGCCUUGUUUUCAACGUCCUAUGGCCGUAUGUG